AUUCAUCAUAAACCCAUUGUAAAAAUUGCAAGCAACAGCAUCGAAGUUUCGUCUCGUCUCCGACGACAUUGACAUAAGAGAGAUGAGACCUGUUAUCUCAACAUUCUUCCUUUUUGUGAUCUUUUCUUAUGCAGCUGCCUAUGAUCCUUUGGAUCCAAAUGGGAACAUAACAAUCAAAUGGGAUAUAAUGUCUUGGACCCCGGAUGGAUAUGUGGCAGUUGUAACGAUGACCAAUUUCCAACAGUAUCGGCACAUCAUGAGCCCGGGUUGGCGCCUAGGAUGGACGUGGGCGAAAAAGGAGGUGAUAUGGUCAAUGGUGGGGGCUCAAGCCACUGAACAAGGAGACUGCUCCAAGUUCAAAGGCAACAUCCCACAUUGCUGUAAGAAAAUACCCACAAUUGUAGACUUGCUCCCCGGUGUUCCUUACAACCAACAGUUCUCAAACUGCUGCAAAGGCGGAGUCCUGGCGUCUUGGGGCCAAGAUCCGGCAGCUGCUGUUUCAGCCUUCCAAGUGAGCGUUGGGCAGGCCGGGACUUCAAACAAGACGGUGAAACUGCCCAAGAACUUCACUUUGCUCGGUCCCGGACCAGGGUACACCUGUGGCCCUGCAAAGACUGUCCCUCCCACCAAUUUUCUCACCCCUGAUCGGCUCAGAAAAACUCAGGCACUGAUGACAUGGAAUGUGACAUGCACAUAUUCCCAGUUUCUAGCCGAGAAACACCCACGUUGCUGCGUCUCCUUCUCAUCUUUCUACAAUGCCACAAUCACCCCUUGUCCUUCUUGUGCUUGUGGUUGUGAAAACAAAAACAAAUGCAUCAAGAGCGAUUCGAAACUUCUAAGUGCGGUUGGAGUAAACACCCCAACAAAAGAUAAUGCACCUUUAAUACAGUGUACACACCACAUGUGCCCGGUCCGGGUGCACUGGCAUGUGAAGCAAAACUACAAUGACUACUGGCGAGUGAAGAUCGCAAUAACAAAUUUCAACUACCGGUUGAACUACACCCAGUGGACUCUUGUUGCUCAGCACCCAAAUCUCAACAAUGUCACUCAAGUUUUUAGCUUCGAUUACAAGCCUCUCAUUCCCUACCAAUCCGUCAAUGAUACAGGAAUGUUCUAUGGCAUGAAGUUCUACAAUGACCUACUAAUGGAGGCAGGGCCAUUUGGAAAUGUACAGUCAGAGGUCCUCCUCCAGAAAGACAAGGACACUUUCACCUUCAAGCAAGGAUGGGCAUUUCCCCGGAAAGUCUACUUCAAUGGUGAUGAGUGCAUGCUGCCCCCACCUGACGCAUACCCUUUUCUACCAAAUUCUGCCAGAGAAAACGUAGUUGGUUUCUCUACAUUGUUGUGUUCUGUUAUUUUGUAUUUGCUCAUAAUGUGGUAAGCAAUAUCCUAGAAUUCAAUAGGGCUAGAAGUUUUGAAGCCAAGAGACCUCCAAGACAGAGAAUUGGGAUUUCAGGUACACAAAUUGAUAAGAUACUUUGAAAGAACACAAAGAAUUUGAUUUAUGUAGAUACAGUAUGGCAAAAUGAGUUUGUAAAUGGGACAUCUAAAUCCUACAGAACAAUCUCACCAGAUUAUCAACGAUUG